AUGGCGCCGCCGGCCGUCGUGGGCUUCUCCGACCUGCCGACGGAGGCGCUGGACGAGAUCGCCCGGCGCUCCGGGCCCCUCGACAACGUGCUCUGCUCCGCCGUCUGCAGGUCCUGGCGCCGCGCGCUCAGGACAGCGCGCCUCGGCCGCCUCCAAGAGCCGAACAGCCCGCACAGCAUAUUCCUGCAUACCGAGGCGCGCGAGGUCGUCUUGGAGGUCAGCUCCAUCCAUCGCCGCGAUUAUUACGAGGACCCGCCCUCUGGACGAGUACGGCUACGAACCGUGGUGGACGGCAAGAUCGCCAACUACCCGUCCAUCAAGAUCAUAGGGGCCUCCUACGGCUGGAUCGUGGCCGUCUACAAGCACGACGACGGGAGCGUCAUCUACCUCCUCGACCCCUUCACCAGCCGGCGGUUCCCGCUGCCUCGCUUCACCGACUUGUCACGCAGCUGGAGGCAGGAGGAGGAGCUCCGGACGGGGCUUCUCUUCAAGCACAGGGGCAUGUUCCACAAGGCGGCGCUCGCUCCCGGGCGCCGCCUGGGCACCUACGCCGUGAUGCUGAUCCACAGCGACGGCCGCGGCCUGUCCUUCCUGCGGCCCGGGGACAGAUCCUGGAGGACGGUGCGCUCCGCGAGGGCCAUGCCGCACAGGUACUUCGACGUCGUCUUCCACAAGGGGGCGUUCUGCACGCUCAGCUGCUUCGGCGAGGUGAACGCCUGGGCGCCCGACGGCGGGGGCGGCCUGCGCACGAGGCGGCUCACGGACCAGCGACCGGAGCAGCUGGAGUGGGCCGUCCUCGCCGAGUCCGCGUCGCGCCAUGACCUUCUAAUGGUGAGCACCAUGGAUAGGCCGCCGUGCUCUAAACGCCGGCAGCACUUCGAGGUGUCCCGCUGCGACGAGCGCCAGCGCAGGUGGCUCCCUGUGAAGGACAUUGGGGAGACGGCCAUCUUGGCCGGGAGCCAGUGCAGCUUGUGCCUCUCCAUGCGAGGCUCCCCUCGACUCGCCGGGAGCAGCAACCACAUCUACUUUGCUUCGGACUGUGCGACGAGCAACAUGAAGUGUGACUACGGAAACCCUGACUACUACCGGCUGCCGAUUGCGGCUGAGAGCUUGGCGGGUAGGGAGAUAUCCGGCUGGACUUGGUUUCUGCCUUACGUUGCACGAUUAGAUUAUGGAGCUUCUCCUUCUUGA